CAUGGUUCACCACCCUUGUUGCAUACAACUAUCGACUGCACAAUUAAAACAAUAAUAAUUCUUGUUAUCACGGCAAUGCACUGACUAAUUGCAGACAAAAAUACGUUGCUUUUUAUGUACGUAGUGUCUAAUGUUUUUAUUAUAUUAUCAGUUACUUCUGAAGAGUCUAGUGCAUUAGUUCUGUCUUAGCGAUAUAGAGCCUGAAUAUAGAAUUUGGGUUUUAAGUGCAGACAGUUCUAUUCAGAAUGGAUCUCGCAGUGACGAAAGAUCGAGUGUUUUUCACAAUAAAUGGAAGAAAGUGUAGCGCGGGUGCCGAGUUCACAGUGGACUUGACCUUGAACCAGUACAUUCGACAAUAUGGAGAGUUCCGCGGCACAAAGUACAUGUGUAAGGAAGGUGGAUGCGGCGCCUGUGUGGUCAACGUCAGAGCCCAUGUGGCUGGCACCCAAGAAUAUUCCACGUUUUCCGUUAACUCUUGCCUUGUUUCCAUCAUGUCUUGCGAUGGUUGGGAUAUAACGACUGUAGAAGGUAUUGGCAAUAGAAAGAUUGGCUACAACAUCAUUCAGAAACGACUCAACCAUUUCUUUGGUUCCCAAUGCGGUUACUGCAGUCCAGGCUUCGUGAUGAGCAUGUACAGCCUCGCACAGGGCAGUGACCGCCACCUAACUGAAGCAGAAAUAGAAAACGCUUUCGGUAGUAACCUUUGUAGGUGUACAGGCUAUCGUCCCAUUUUAGAAGCAUUCAAAUCUUUUGCCGUCCAUCCAGACGCGAAUAUAUUGAAGAAGAUAAAAGAUAUUGAAGAUAUAUCUGAACAAAUAUGCCCGAAAUCCGGUAAAACGUGUGGAGGCACAUGUGGGAUAAAUGAGGAUUGGUGUUUAGUAAAUAUGAAUAAUACAAGUGUUUCGGAUUUACCUAAGAAAAUAUGUCUCGCCGAUGGUCGGUUGUGGUUCGCUGUUAGCGAUAUAAGAUCAAUAUUUGCUGUUUUGGACGAUGUUGGGCAUGAAUCCUAUAUGCUUGUCGCUGGUAACACCGCGAAAGGAGUCCGUCCAAUAUUAUUUUACCCGAAGCUGUUGAUAGACAUAAGUGAUGUUAAGGAAUUGGCGACUCAUUACAUAGAUGUGAACUUAGUACUUGGAGCUAACAUGACCUUGACUGACACGAUGCACUUAUUCAAGGAGUUGGCUCAAUCUAAUGAAGAUUUCUGGUACCUACAUAUAUUGUAUGAGCAUUUGGAUAAAGUGGCUCAUAUACCGGUUCGAAAUAUUGGGACUCUAGCUGGUAAUUUGGCGUUGAAAAAUUCGGAUCCAAGUUUUCAAUCAGACAUUUUUCUUUUGUUGGACUGCGUCGGGGCUACUGUUACGUUAGUGGACCGUGAUAUGAGACAGACAGAGAUGAACAUGCCUGAAUUUCUGACGACAAAUCUCAAAGGAAAAGUGAUGACACAGAUAAAGCUGCGUCCAUUGUCACGCCAUUAUGAAUUAGUGACUUAUAAGAUUACGCCGAGGGAACAAAAUGCUCAGGCAGACGUAAAUUCUGGCUUUCUUUUGAAAUUCAACUCUCAUACACAUCUCGUUGAAGAAGCGUCUAUUGUGUACGGUAAUAUUAAUCCAUCAUUCACCCACGCUUAUGAGACGGAGAGGUUUUUAAUUGGACGCAAUAUAUUUAAUAACAAUGUCCUACAAUCUGCUCUGCACAUCUUGGAGCGAGAAAUAGAUCCCAGUAUCCGACCACCGUAUCCACCACCUUGUGUGCGGAAGAAAGUAGCUCUUGGACUUUUCUAUAAGUGCAUUAUAAAACUAUGCCCAAAAGACAUACUGAACCCGAGAUAUAAGUCAGGAGCUACAACCCCCAGUGAUGACAGGCCACCAGUUAGUCGUAGCUAUCAAGAAUAUGACACGGAUAAAAAAGACUAUCCUAUAACACAACCAUUACUGAAGAAAGAAGGAAUGAUUCAAUGUGCAGGCGAAGCAGAAUAUUGCGACGAUAUACCCACUAUAAAAGAUGAAGUUUUUGCAUCUUUCGUACUGUCUACUGUGGCAAGAGGAGAUAUUGAAAGUAUUGAUAGUUCUGAAGUUAUGAAAGAAGACGGUGUAUUGGCAGUAUUAACAUCUGUAGAUAUACCAGGUGUAAAUAGUAUACUUCGUGGUGAUUUCCUACUAAUGUUCGAAAAUGAAGAACUUUUAGCUAGUACCAAAGUAAAGUUUUAUAAUCAACCAGUAGCCAUCGUUGUUGCAACAUCUCAAGAAUUAGCUGAUAAAAUGGCACAUGUAGUCAAAGUAAACUAUAAGAAUGUCCCAAAAAAGCCACUGAUUUUUACUAUUGAAGAUGCAAUACAUGCACCUAAAGAGGAAAACAGACUUAUUCCUUAUCCGGGAAUAGUACCAACAGAUAGAGGAGCUAAUGUCAGGAAGAUUAUAAAAGGACAAUUUAUUAGUCCGAUGCAGUAUCAUCAUAUGAUGGAGCUUCAUACAACUAUUACAAUACCGGUAGAUGAAGGUUACGACGUUAUAUCGUCAGCUCAGUACCUUGAUAUUACGCAAGCAGGAAUCGCCCAACUUUUAAAGAUUCCUGAGAGUUUGUAA